AUGGCGUGCAGGACUGCGCUCCGCUCCGCUCUGCUUAUAGAAGCGUGGCGACCCGUUCAUCUCGCUCGGAGCUCCGCCUCCGCCUCGUUCAGGACCCGCGGAUUCUCCUCCCCCAGGCUGAGCCGCCACUUCAGGACCCGAGACAUCCACUUGGCGCGACGGACUCACCCCAACUGCUCCCACAACGAAAACUCGCCGGCUUUGUCGGAGGACGACCAGGGCCCGCCGCAAGAGGCCAUCUUGAAAGCAAUUUCAGAGGUGUCGAAAACAGAAGGUAGGGUUGGGCAGACGACGAAUGUGGUUAUCGGAGGCACGGUGGCGGAUGAUUCUACGAAUGAAUGGGUCGACUUGGAUCAAAAGGUAAAUUCGUACCCGACUGUUAGAGGGUUCACAGCAAUUGGAACUGGAGGGGAUGAUUUUGUGCAAGCUAUGGUUGUUGCUGUCGAGUCCGUAAUUCAGCAACCUGUUCCAGAGUUAUCCACUGAGAAAUAUCUUAUUGCAAGCUCAAAGCUCCUAAAGAGGAGUGAGAAAUGUGCUCAAAAACGAUGUUGA